AUGCGGUCAGGGAAACAUGUAGUUUUGUUUACGCUAGUCGCGAUGAACUUUAUCGAACAGCCGGCACCGGAAGUCACUAUCGAACAAGGGACUUUGAGUGGGAGGAUAAGCGAAGAUGGACUUAUAUUUGAGUACCUGGGGAUACCUUAUGCGACUACUAAUGAGAGUGCACGGUUCAAGGCUCCACUCCCUCCACCAACAUGGAAAGGAAUUUUCAAAGCCACAGAUGACUCCACAGCAUGUCCCCAGAAUAACUUGAUCGCUAUCAGGGGUGUAGAGGACUGUCUCAAGAUUAACGUUUACGUCCCAGCUUUUGCCACGAAACCUUUACCAGUCAUGGUAUUUAUUCACGGAGGGGCAUUCUUCCUCGGUGACGGUGGAAAAAUCUUUCAAGGACCAAAGUUUUUACUCAAACAAGAUGUUAUACUGGUUACAUUCAACUACAGAAUUGGGGUUUUAGGGUUUUUAUGCCUGGGUAUCGAGGAAGCUCCAGGUAAUGCAGGGCUAAAAGACCAAUUAGCAGCCUUGCGAUGGGUGAAGAGGAAUAUAAAGGCUUUUGGAGGUGAUAAUGACAACGUAACUGUUUUUGGCGUAAGUGCUGGAGCAGCAUCUGUGUCGCUACUGAUAGCAAGCGGCAAACUCGAUGGCCUGGUCCAGAAAGCUAUCAUUCAAAGCGGGUCCGCUCUUGCACAUUGGGCAAUCAGCCGGAAACCUUUAUCGGUCGCCAAUUAUGUUCUGAAACCAUUAGGUUAUGACACAGAAGACCCGUACGAAUUAUACAGUAUUUUGAAUAGCAUGACAUAUAAACGACUAGCUGCACUACCUUAUGACAAACCUGUAGAACAAUAUCUGGAUACUCAACUAAUUCAUUUACCAUGUAUUGAAAAGACAUUUCCUGGAACUGAAGCUAUUAUAACUGACUAUCCUUACAAUCUUCUAAAAAGAAAUCCAUCAAAUAUAUCAGUUAUUCAUGGAACGACUGACCAAGAGGGUUUGUUUUUCAUUUCGUACGAUACAAUUGAUACGAUUAAUUUCAGAAAUGGAAAGUACUUAAUGGCUAGCGAUCUAGUAUUUGAAACUAAUGAAGAAGCUGAAAAAGUGUCAAAAGAAAUACAAGAUUUAUAUUUUCUUGAAGAACCUAUUAGCAUGAAAACUGCAAUGAAUUUGUCGGAGUUGUAUAAGCACUUACAUUUUGAAAUUCCGAGUAUUAUUGAGUCACAAAUUUUGGUCGAAACAAGCAACGCUACAUUGUACAAUUAUUAUUUCAAAUACUCCGGGAAUAGAAAUUACUUAAAAUUUGCUCUGGGAUAUAAUGAAAUAGAUGGAGCAUGUCAUGGAGAUGACCUUUUGUAUAUCUUUGAUUCUUUAUUAUGGCCUUUUAAAAUAAAUGAAGAAGACAAUCUUAUGAUCAGAAGAAUGACUACAAUGUGGACAAAUUUCGCCAAAUACGGGGACCCAACACCCACUGCCACAAGAGAGCUUCCUAUACGCUGGCUUCCGAGCAACAAAGAAAACCUGCGAUUUCUUUACAUAGAUAAAAAUUUUGAGAUGGCGAGUAUGCCUAGUCCAGAAGCGUACAAAAUAUGGAAAAAUAUAUACCAGAAAUAUAGAAAGACUAGAUAAUGAUGAAAUACAGAAAGAUUAGAUAUAAAUAUAAGUAUGAAAUAAUUAAAAAUAAUUAAAUACUCGUA